UGAUAGCGAGCGUCCAAAUGUCAACAAUGUGAGAGGAAGCAGAAAAGAAGCACAAGAACCAAAACAAUGGUUUCUAAUAUUGUAGUUACCGUCCCUAAACAGUUGUUUCGUUGUGUCAACGGGUCGCAUUUUGUUUGAUACAUAAGGUAGUUAAACUAGGCUGUCAUUUCAAUAACCAGUAUUCGCGAAGAUGCCAGCCACCCGGGGUGGUCAGUCCACUCUUGUGCACAGCCUUGCUACACUGUUACGGAAUAAUGGUGACUCGGUUUUGGAUGGCUCAAGCACACUCACUCUGCAGGUGGAUUGUGUGCAGCAUCUGACACGUCUCUUUGAGCAGUACCUCUUAUCGCACACACACCAGCAUGGCUUCCUGGCACUUCCCUCCCACCCAGCCGACACAACCUCUCUGUUACAGGUGCAGUUCCUUUUCGACGUGCUGCAGAAAACCAUCUCACUCAAGCUCAUCAGUCCACCUGGCACACGACUGCAGUCUGUCGUGAAAAUCUUUCCCUUCAAGUCGCUCAAGAACUUAGAGCUGAAACGAAUUCCUCCUCAUUGUCUGGAAGGUCUGCGAGGUGUCUACUCCCAGUUGGAGGUCUUCACCUGCUCCAAGAGCCUCAACUCGCUGGAGGAGCUGCUGUCACUCUGUGGAGGAGAUCUCAGCUCUGCUCUGCCCUGGCUAGAACUUCACACCCUCAACUUUAACUACAACUCUAUUUCCUGUCUUGACGAAUCCCUUAGUUUAUUGAAUGUUUUGAAGUCACUUGACUUGAGCCACAACAAGAUCCAGGACUGUGCUGAGUUCUUGAAGCCACUUAGUGAGCUGGAACAUCUCAACCUAGCCUACAACAACCUACAGAGGGUGCCAGUGCUGGGCCUGAAUGCCAGAGCAAAGCUGAUCACUUUAGUACUCAGGAACAAUGAACUGGAAACAAUUAAUGGAGUGGAGCAGUUGUCUUCUCUACAGCAUCUUGAUUUGGCCUACAACCUUUUAAUGGAGCAUUCUCAGCUAGCCCCACUGUCCCUCCUUCACAACCUCAAUACGUUGACUCUGGAAGGCAACCCAUUGUACUUCAGAGCUACACACAGAACCACAACUGUCUGCCACCUCUCACCACGAGCUGCUUUCCGAGGACUACAAUUGGAUGGUUCCGUAUUGUCUUCUUCUGAGCUUGCGGUCUUGCCAAAACCUGGGCAACUGAUGGGUCAGACAUCCCUGAUGCAACAAGUCACCACAACACCUGACCAGACUGUACAGGAAGUGUCAAGCGGAGGUGGGGAGUUGAGUGACAGCCUGUCUGUUGGCGAUUCGGGAGUAACCAGAGUCAUGAGGAAGAAAUCCAGGAAUAAGGUAAAGGUGAGGAGGGCUAGUAUCUCAGAGCCCAGCGAUACAGACCAUGAAUCUAGACCAACUGCUUUACGAGAUAUUGUUCUGCACCAUCAGAAGGACAUUGAGAGGAUGGACAGCUUUCGGGAGCAAAUGGGGGAGGACUGGCUGCGCUACCAGCAUCAUCUUGAUGGGUCGCCGACGCCUGUGACUGGCCCAAGAGUGGAAAGAGUCACAGCGCAGGUGAUCGCCAACAACUGCUGUACCACUUCCCCCACUGCACUCAGAGGCAGUUCUCCCUCACUGAGGCUAGAGUCCCUACCUGCACCACUGCUCUCCUCAGAGCUCAAAGGGGAAGAAGAGGAGAUGGAGAGUACAGACCUCCAACCUGAGACUGAGUCUACCCUGCAGUGGACAGGUCAUAGCCCUUUGAAUACAGAGUCUACACUGGAGACAAGUAUAGGAGACCCCCAGGCUCCAGAUAAGGCAUUGGCUGACCCUUCACCUCCAGAAGAGGAAGAGGAAGACCUUGGAGUGGACCUCUGUAGGCCUAUGCUGGUAGGGGUGCUAUCUGGGGAUGAGGAGCCUGCCAGGAGGAAGGCCUCGGAGCCGUUCUUCUUGCGAGUCCGCCAGGGUCACAUUCUGGAGGUGGACAUGCACCAGGGCCGAGUCAGGAACCGUUUGGAGCUGGACAGCCUGCGGCAGGUCACUGCCUCGCAGGCCACCUGGAUGGAGAAGGAAGAAGAGAGGUCUCACCCAGCUCUAGAGUUGCACUUCAGCUACAUCAGUCGGGAAAGACAGAAACGGCGGUACAUCAUGUUGGAUGAUGACCCCCAGCAAGCUUUGCAGGCUCUGGCCGAGGUGCUCUCGAGGGUAGUGGAGGAGAACAAGCGGCAGGUGGAAGAGGGAAAGCCGCAGGGCAUGCGACUGCAGUGUCUGAAGUGCCGGGCCGAGUUCUCCCAGCCUGCAGUUGAAAGCCUGGCCAGUACUUUGUCUCAGGGACAUCAAGAUGAAAUAGGGUCAGAGAGAGAACGCAGUCCAGGAGAUGGCGUUUUCUGCCCCGAAUGCAACAGUGAUCACGUGGUCCAGCUGGCUAAUCAAGCAGUUCCCUCCACUAGUACACCAGUCCACUGUGGCUUUGGCGAGAAUGGCAACAGAUGCUUCAACUUUGAUGACACAGACACACCUGUUCUUCCUCAUCUACCCCCCAAUUCUCUGAGCCAGGAUGAAGCUUUGUUGUCUCAUGACAGCCCCCUGUAUGUGACCCAGGCCUCCACACUGCAUGACGUGGCCACAGACACUUUCUUCACUGCCCAAAGUGGUCUCUCCAACAUCACUACCAGUCAGAACGAGGUUUGGGUCAGUCAGUCCUUCAGCUCAGCUGAAAACCAGGCACAGCGUGACCCGGAAGGCCAAGAGAGUGAGCUGGCAGGAAGUGGCAAUGUCCCCCAGAGCACACAAGCAUCCAGCCAUGCUCCUUUUGACCUGUUAUCGGAAGAUUUUGAGGCUGUGGACCACCGGCUGAAACUCUUCUUGGAUGUAGAAGUGUUUGAAGGAGAAGAAGAGAUUCACUGCUUCCUAAAAAUGUCUGCUGUGAAGUUUGGAGAUCCAACAGAGUUCCCAUCUCUCAUGGUUGUAACUGACCAACGUAUCUACAUCCUAGAAAUGACCUGUCAGUCAGAUGGGCAGCCCUCAGACUGGCUGCAGAAGAGGUACAGCCAUCAGUUAUGUGAGCUGAGAUACCUGGAUGUGGGCCUUGGGUCUCAGACUAUCCACAUGGAGUUUGAUGAGGGUUCUGCUGCAUACACAUUGUUGGUUCGAGACAGCGCCCGAUGCAAACGCUUCUUUAGCCGAUUAACAGGAAUAGCAAGGGAACUGGCCCCAAAAUCUGACAGUAAACUUAAGGGCAUCUCAACCACACGGCUAAAUCCCAAACACCAUCUUUGGCCUCUGGUUUGUGAGGGUAGCGAACCGUUCUCAGAGGAAGACAGCCAUCCACCAUUCUUUUACCUGCUGGCAUUCCUCCAGCUAGGUGAUGGUUUGACCUCUGUGACUGUACUGGCCACUCGAGAAAUGCUGUGUCUCCUGGAUGAAGACCACCAAUGGAGCAAGAGCAACUCGGAGCCGACAGGCAGCAAGGAGGGACACAUGUGCAGUGGGCGGGUCACAGUUCGCGAAAUGCAGCCAAUCAGUUGUGUCAGCUCCAUCCGUCUGUUCUCAUCUGAUCCAUGCCUGAUGGAGAUAAAACUUUAUGAUGAGAUGGCUAAAGAGGAGCGGACCUGGCCUUUGAGAGCAGUGGCUGGCCAGGAGAUACAAGGUUUAGUUGACUGGGUCAGAAGUCAGUGGGAGGCCAUGUUUGGGGUCAAGCUGAUUACUGCUAUUCAGUAGUACCUCAGCUUAUCCACUGUUGAACAAUAUUGCACUGCUGUCAAUGCUUGCACAUCAGUUUGUGUGUGCUCAGUCCAUGUGGGUUUUCCGUAAGACUUUCAGUUUUUAUCUAUGCAUAUCUUAUCAGCUGUUCAUAUUCUGUUUAGUAAUGCUGCUUAUUGUUAUGUUAAUUCACAUUAUUAGGAAUGUUGUGGUAGUGUAGUGACCAAGUGCCUUAUGUUGCCUUGUUGUCUGUGUGCGGAAGUUAAAGUGUUUUUUUAAUUUCUCAGGGUGGAAAAUCCUUUGUGCUUGUGAUGUGUUUAAAUAAGUUUACUUUUUGAGGGUGUUGACGCCAAGUUAAAUGUAACAUAUCAAGACGCACAAAUCAUGUCACUAGAUAUCAUUUUUGUGAAUUCUUUUUACAUGUUGGGCCUCUAUAUAUGCAAAUAUACACCCGCCUUGUGUAUGCCAUAUUUGCAGAAUUAAUCCUCGUAAUGGAAUGUGUAAGUUAAGGACCCCUGAGUGUUGAGUGUGUCCAGUACUUGUUUGUGUAUAUGAUUUCAAGGACAUGGUAAGAAAACCAGUAACUGCACUGCAUCAUGUUAUUGUUUGGCUGAUGACCAACUCAUAGACUUUUUUUCCUAUGACAGGACGCGCGUUGAUCAAGAUGCAUCGUAUAUGUCAUGUGCCAUGUAUAUUUCUACGCUCAUUCAUCCUAACUGCACCUUUAAAAGCUUGUAUUAUUUCUGGAUAUGCACAGAGUUUGCUUGUUUUUAUGAAUGGAAAAAUAGUAUAUGUUAAAUACUGUCAAAAUAAAAGUGUUUUUGGAUGUGCUAGAAAGUCAUAAUGUACAGGCCUAUUUAUUAAUUUAUGUACCAGCUUUUUUGAAGGGAAUCAUGCAAAAAAUGGCUUUUUAUUUUUGCUAUCUAAAUAAACAAUACCUAUCUUGA